AUGCUCGCCGGGAAGCGCCAUGAGGAGGUUUCCAAAGAGACGCAGCACCACGGAAGCAAUCCGCGUGCCGUCGUCGAUGGUGACGGUGCCCGCUCUGCACUCUCGCUCUCGCGAUCCAGAACGACAUCAAGUAUCCAGAACCCGGCGCUGCGGCCAUCUCACUCGGCGAUCCAGACAUCGAUCAGCCUGUCUGGGAACUCUUGGACCGAUGCCUUCGACUCCAAACGCCGUGCGGGCUACAAUCUUGGACGUUCCGGUUGA